CACAAACGGAAAAAUAUCUCAACAAAGCCCGGCGUGCUUUCGAAGUUUGAAAGAAGAACAAUACGAUAAGACAAUACUGUGGCGCAUUAGGGAAGAAGAGAAGCGAAAGAGAAAUUAAUUCAGUAAUGGCGUUGGAACAAACAAUUGCAUACACUAACCCUUUUUUCUCUUCAACUCCAAGAACCCCUGCCAAAUCUCACUCUUUUCGAUUUUUCUCUCCAUCCAAGCAAGUAGAAACCGCGAAAUUAGCUUCGGGUUGUCGUAUAAGAUGUUCAUUUGAGUAUAAUAAUAGUUCUGGAAAUGGAAACGGUAGUGUGUAUGAGUAUGAAAGGUAUGCUGGGGUUUCUCAGUACCCACGGCCUUCGGAAGUACAGUGGAAGAAGGAGCUUUGUAAUUCAGUGCAGCUUAUUGGUAAUGUUGCAGUGCCGGUUCAAAUUAAGCAUCUUAAUUCCGGAAAGGUUGUAGCUUGGACUCGCCUUGCUGUAAGGAAGUCGCAAAACGACACUACUUGGAUUAAUUUGACAUUUUGGGAUGACUUGGCUAAUGUUGCCAAUCAACAUGUAGAAAAAGGACAGCAGAUAUAUGUGUCUGGCCGCCUAAUAUCAGAUACAGUUGAAGGUGAUGAUGGAAAAGAACAGACUUAUUAUAAGGUGGUCGUUCAGCAAUUGAAUUUUGUUGAGAAGAACUCUCCUCCAAUGGCCUCAUAUAAUGGGGAUUCUAAUUCCAUGGCACCACGUAAAAAGCAAAAUAAUUAUGCUGCAAAUACCACUGGAUCCACAGAGGAGCUAUGGCAAGCUUUCUUUGCUAAUCCACUAGAAUGGUGGGAUAAUAGGAAGAACAAGAGGAGUCCAAGCUAUCCAGACUUCAAGCACAAAGAUACAGGUGAAGCAUUGUGGGUAGAAGGCAGGUAUAAUCCAACAUGGGUGAAAUCUCAACUUGCAGUACUGGAUUCAAAGAUGGAGUCUUUUCAUGAUCAAAAUGGCAGCAGAAAUGCAGAGUUCAUGUCCAUGGAUAAUUUCCAAUUUUAGUCGUUCCCCAUUUGCUUUCGCCUGUACUUCCAAAUAUUCUCUUGUAUAGAUUUGUUCCUCCCAGUAGGAACAUAAAUUUUGUAUUACUUGUUUGCUAGUAUUACUGUUCAAGGAAUUUUAGA